AUGGAUGUUGAAGUCCCCCAAGAGUAUCAAUUUGGGAAAACACAAGGUCCAUUCCUCCACUGCCUCAGCCAACCUCAGCUGGGAGUCAGCUGCCGACACAGUGAGGCGGCCAGUCUCCUCACGCCCGAGAGUGGGCAUGCUGGCUGCGGGGGCCGAGUUGUGCUGCUGGGGGUAUUGCUUUGCCGUCAGACGCUGAGUGCUAGCCACCUUGGUGGCCCUUGUAAAGGCAGAAAGUCAAGACAGACACCAGAAGGCGAAUUCCGGCCGCUAGACCAAUGUGAACUAGAUGUUGGAUUCGGAACGUUCCUCGUUUCUCCUCUUACUAUCUGUCACGAGAUCAAUGAGAAAAGUCCUUUCUUUGCCCUCUCACAAAGAUCCCUCGGGAGUGAGCAGUUUGAAAUCGUCGUCAUCCUUGAGGGGAUUGUCGAAACAACAGGAAUGACAUGUCAAGCCAGGACCUUCUACACAGACGAUGAAGUUUUCUGGGGCCACCGGUUCCUGCCAGUGAUGUCUCUGGAAAAUGGGUUCUUUCGGGUGGAUUAUUCUCAGUUCCACGCCACCUUUGAAGUUCCAACUCCUCCAUACAGCAUCAAGGAGCAGGAGGAAAACUUGGCACUUCCAUCGCCUUUGAACACCCUAAUGGGGAGCAACCAAAGUAGAAGAGACAAGAUCUCCUCGCUGAAUGGCCUGGAUAUUUUUGAAGAGAAGAGUGGCAGACUUCCCAGCAAAUUGAAGAGACUUUGUUCAGGGAAGGAGGAUCUCCAGAGAGGACUCUUGAGUCUUUGUUCCAGCAAUGUCGAGAAAGCCUGCAGCACUGGUGACCUUCUCAAGAUCCAACAGAUCAGCUCUGUUUGCAGCAUAGAGAACGGCGGGGAAAAGGUCAAAUCCACAGUUUUCAAAACCAAAUCUGAGCUCUUGGCUCAAUCCACCGGAAACCUUGAACUUCAACAAAAGCCCCAAGUCAUGCGCACCUUGGGAGCAGGAUUAGACGAUCAUUUGCAUGCCAAGCUACAGAAAAUGAACUCCGGUCUUUUUACCUAAAGUACAGCCACGACCGGACAUGGCUGCCUUUCAAAUGCCUCAGUCUCUCGGAUUAUGCCUGUGAACUUCUGGACCAUGGCCAUGUGACCAGAGUCGACCCCAUUUACACU